CUACACUGUUCACUUUUCGCUGGAUUCACAAAUUUUCUUUCACUUUCCUUCGUUUUCCCGAGAAAACUCAUGCGCGAACUGAAACCGUCGUGCAGUUCUCGUUGUACCCGCUCGAAGUCAAAUCGAUGAGACCGAUUCAGCUUCCUGAACCGCCUAGCCCUACCGCCCGGAGAGGCACCGCCGAGAUCUUCGAAUCGGGUGUCCACACCUUCGUCCGACGCGCCGUCGUAAUUGGCAACGGUUUCCCCUCUUCCGAGAAUCAGAGUAUUGGAUUGCUUCGCGCCCUUGGACUCUCAGACAAGUAUCACUUAUAUCGGGUUACGAGGCCUAAAGAGGGAAUUAAUGAGUGGCUGCGAUGGCUUCCAGUCUCAUUCCAUAAAAGAAUAUAUUUUAUAGUAAGAAUGAUUCACAGUUAUUCUCAGCUUGUGUUGAAAUCUCAAGAAAGGAAGCUUAAGCCUUUACCUUCAGGAAAUGGUGUCAGUGCAGGCUUGUUAGAUGUCUUAGAAGCUGAUGUAAAGCAGAUAGCCAAUCUUGCUCGGGAAACUUAUGAGAAGGAGGGACCUUUGUUGGUGGUUGCAUGUGGAAGGGACACCAUUUCUGCUGCGAGUUCUAUAAAACGUUUAGCGUCUGAGAAUGUUUUUGUUGUUCAGAUACAACAUCCAAGAUUGCAUUUGAAUAGGUUUGACAUGGUAAUUGCACCUAAGCAUGAUUAUUAUCCUUUGACUCCAGAAGGACAAAAACAGGUUCCUCGGUUUCUUCGAAGUUGGAUAACUCCACGCGAUCCUCCAGAUAGUCAUGUGGUUCUCACCACAGGAGCCCUACAUCAAAUAGAUUUUACUUCAAUACGUAAUGCUGCUGCUACAUGGCACGAUGAGUUUGCACAUGUUCCCAGGCCCUUGCUUGUCGUCAACAUUGGAGGACCAUCAAGCAACUGUCGAUAUGGCGUAGACCUUGCAAAGCAGUUAGCAUCUUCUUUGCUCAGUGUUCUAGUUAGUUGUGGGAGUGUUAGAAUAUCCUUUUCAGAGAGGACUCCACAAAAGUUUUGCAAUAUUAUAGUGAAAGAACUCGGAAAUAACCCAAAAGUUUAUAUUUGGGAUGGGCAAGGACCUAACCUGCACAUGGGCCAUCUAGCGUGGGGCGAUGCAUUUGUUGUCACAGCAGAUUCAGUUAGUAUGAUAAGCGAAGCUUGCAGCACCGGGAAGCCAGUCUAUGUUGUGGGAGCUGAGCGUUGCAGAUGGAAGUUCACGGAAUUCCACCAAUCAUUGAGAGAGAUGGGAGUUGUUCGGCCUCUUACGGGUUCUGAGGAUAUAUCAGAAAGUUGGAGCUAUCCACCCCUUAACGAUACUGCCGAUGCAGCUAAACGGGUUCAUGAAGCACUUGCUGCCCGAGGGUGGAAACUGAAGAUAUAGAAUGCAAUUGAAGUUGAGAUGAUACUUUUUGCCGAUUUUUUUGGUCUGAAGGGGGUUACCAUUCGUUUGUUGUUUGAAGAUAUUGUCAAAGCAUGAUAUUUAAUUUAUACCACUAUAGAAAAUACCGAUGGUGUGCCUGUAAUCAAUCGAUGUCACCAAAGCAAUUUUAAGAUGUAAUUUAAGGUUAUGUAUGAUUUUGGCAUUUAAAGAAUGAGGUGAAUAAAAUAAAUGUGUUGAAAAGUUUAUUUCCA